AUAAGCCACCCGAAUUACGUAAAGCCAAGAGCUGCCUUCUUGGAGUGUAUGUUCAAAGAUUACGUCAGCCAAGGGGAUUUGUCUAUAUAAGUGAUCUAUGCUCAACCAGCUAGGCAAUGCACAACCUUUCCAAUUUCUAUGGUCUGAUCCUAAUUAAACACACACUCUCUCUCUCCCUCUCUCUACCAAAUUAUAAUUAGAAUAUAUCUCUCUUCUCGUCUCCCAUACAAUAAAUCUCUCUAGAAAAAAAAUAAAAAAGAAUAUGGCUGACCGGAAAGCUGUACAGAAUGCCGAGGUUCCCGGUCGACAACCAAAAACCAUUGAGGAUUUUGAUCCUCCGAGAAGACCCAAAAAGAAUGUCUUUGCCAUGGCUUGUGCUAUUUUAGCUUCCAUGACCUCCAUCUUACUUGGCUAUGAUAUUGGUGUAAUGAGUGGAGCAGCUAUAUUCAUAAAAAAGGACCUCAAAAUCUCAGACACACAGAUCGAAAUCCUGAUGGGUAUUCUGAACUUAUACUCCCUGCUGGGUUCAGCCGCCGCUGGUAGAACCUCUGACUGGAUUGGCCGCCGCUACACCAUCGUACUUGCUGGAGCCAUAUUCUUCGCUGGGGCUCUCCUCAUGGGAUUCGCCACAAAUUACUCCUUCCUCAUGUUCGGUCGCUUCGUCGCUGGUGUCGGCGUCGGUUACGCUCUCAUGAUCGCACCUGUCUACACAGCAGAAGUCUCCCCCGCUUCUUCUCGUGGUUUCCUCACCUCAUUCCCUGAGGUCUUUAUCAAUGCUGGAAUACUACUUGGCUACGUCUCUAACUACGCCUUCUCCAAGCUCCCAACCCAUUUGGGGUGGCGCCUUAUGCUCGGAGUUGGGUCAAUCCCCUCUGUCCUAUUAGCCGUUGGAGUGUUAGCCAUGCCUGAGUCGCCCCGGUGGCUCGUUAUGCAAGGUCGGCUCGGUGAAGCCAAGAAGGUCCUUGACAAGACUUCGGAUAGCUUAGAUGAGGCUCAGCUCAGAUUAGCAGACAUUAAAGAAGCCGCCGGGAUCCCCGAACACUGCACUGACGACAUCGUUGAAGUCAGCAAGAAAAGUCACGGCGAGGGGGUAUGGAAGGAGCUCCUGGUUCACCCCACGCCAGCUGUUCGCCACAUCUUGAUCUCAGCCAUUGGAAUCCACUUCUUCCAACAAGCCUCGGGCAUAGACGCUGUCGUUUUGUACAGCCCAAGGAUCUUCGAGAAGGCCGGGAUCAAAUCAGACGAUCAAAAGCUACUGGCGACCGUAGCCGUCGGAUUCGUGAAGACGAUUUUCAUCUUGACGGCGACUUUCUUGCUCGACAAGAUCGGACGGCGGCCGUUGCUUCUGAGCAGCGUAGGAGGUAUGGUGUUGUCUCUUGCCACACUUGGGGUGUCGUUGACCAUCAUUGACCAGUCGGAUGAGAAGCUGAUGUGGGCCGUGGUGCUGUCAAUCACGAUGGUUUUGUCCUACGUGGCGUUUUUCUCUAUUGGAAUGGGACCCAUCACGUGGGUUUACAGCUCUGAAAUCUUCCCGUUGAAGCUACGCGCCCAGGGGUCGAGUAUGGGUGUGGCGGUGAACAGGGUGACUAGUGGGGUCAUUUCUAUGAGUUUUAUUUCUCUGUAUAAUGCAAUCACUAUUGGUGGGUCCUUUUUUCUGUUCGCUGGAGUGGCUACUGUUGCUUGGAUAUUUUUCUAUACAAUGCUACCGGAAACACAGGGUCGAACCCUUGAGGACAUGGAGGUCCUUUUUGGUAAAUUUUAUAAGUGGAGGGCCGCAAAUGCAUUACUCAAGAAUAAAGAACAGAUGGAAUUAGUCAACGGUGCUUCUACUACUACUGAUGACCACGUACAGUUAGGGACAAAAGAACAACACAAUUAAAUGAUUUAUUAGCUCAUGUGAAAAUAUAGCACUGUUGUUUAGAGAUAAAUAUAUAUAUUAGCUCUGGAUAUUAAAGAAAAAUGAGAGCCAAAUAAUAUAGAAAGCAUAUUAAGAAAUGGCCGGCUUUUGUUUGAUUAAGUGAGUGCAAUAUAUUGAGAGGUAGAGACUUCCUACUUAUAUUAUCUUUGUAGUGGUCCCUAAGCUAGUAAAAAGAAGGAAAUUAGAGAAAAAAAAAAAAAAAAAAAAAAAGGGCUUCUAAUUUUAGAGUUGCUUUUUAAGGAAUAAUGAUAUGUGGGCUCUAACUCUAUCUGCAAAAUUGUUCAGUAAAAAAAAGAAAACUGUAUCUGCAAAAUUAUAAAAACUUUGAUGUUAAAUAUGAUGGGGGCUCCUAUAAUUUCUUUUUAUGUACAAUGUCUAAUUUUUCUGUUUUUUCUACGUCUCAUUAUUGUGUUAUUUUUUUAAAACAUGUAUUCUGAUAGUUUAACGAAUACUUCAUUGUAAAUAAUUAAUUAUUGUUACAUUACGAAAUAUUAAAACAGUAAUCCUUUAAAAAAACCGAAAAAAAACAAGCUUAAGAAGAUCACGCACAUGGAAAUAAAAAUA